AUGGCACCCGGCGGCCACUGGAACGACCCAAACUUCCUCCACGACCUUGUGGUGGCCUUUUACGAGGCCGGGAUCGAGGCGAAUGCCAUGAAUGCCGAGAUUCGCAAAGAUGUUGCGGCCCGCAUGAAGGCCCGAAAGCACGAAGUUACUUGGGAGGGCAUUCGGUGA